ACAAGCAUGAAGCCUUUCUAGUCCCACAGGCCUGCACAUCUACUAAGUUCCAAUGCCUAUCAUUCGUUCUCCAACCAACAUACCGGUCUCAAGUCAGAAUCAUGCAAGGAGGAAGAACAUCUUGUUCGUUCCUGGCAGAAAUGUGUAGUUGCCUAGAGACAAGUACUGCAACUACUGUCAGCAAGAUCUUACGUGAAGUCAAUCACAUCACUCCUCAUCCUAAGUCUCUCGGAGAUGUCAGCGACAUAUACCCCGUCUUAGCACUCUUUGGACCCCCAUCACGGCUCGGCUAUACCACGUCUUACUUUCCAACACGGCGAGGUAUCCCGAUGAGAUGCCACCAACCUGCAGCCGAUCGACAGCCCUAAACGUCUUUUAUUAACAAGCGAAAACCUAUUCAUGGGAUACUGUAGGCUCCGACAUACGAAAGAUACCAAUCGCCUGGGCGCAUUUACCCACCGAAUUGUGCCUCAAUCAACUAGCGCUUACGUGGGCAGUACUGGACCACCAACAACGCCGUAC